CAGAUGUUUGCAGAAGAAUUUCAUCAAUGUCAUCUGCUACUUAUGCUUAUUUUUUGAGUUUGUUUAUCUUUAAAACUUAGGUUUUUAGGUAUCUAGUUUAGUAUCAAUGAAGAGGUAACCAUUUAAAUUAUUAUCUAACUCAAGCCAACAUUAAAUUCUCUAGAUGAAAACACAUUUCGACCCACGAAUUCUGGAGUAAACUAAAAAUGUAUUCAGAAAUCAUCUUCUUACUCUUAACAACUUCUAUAAACGCCCGUCUGCCAGUUAGAAGUCAACAUGAAUAUCUCAAAAGUAUAAGGAAAGAGCUUUCCAUGUUGGAAAACCAAUCUUUAAAUGCUGAAAACCAACCAACAAUUUCUGAUGAAAAAUCCACCGGUGAAAAAGAGACAUUAGCAUCAGAUAUUGAUGAAGACGAUGACGUGUGGCCCACUCGACCUUUGAAAUACUUAACUCAUAUAACUAUACCGUCUCGAGUGGCUGACCAAUCAGAAGAUAUAACAAAAGAGUCUAUAGAACACGAAAAACCAACGGUAACGAAAAUAUCAAGUACUUUUGAAGUAACUGUUGCACCAACCAAAACUAAAAUAACCGAGGUUUUAGCAUCUAAAACUGUUGAGAUAGACGCACUUGAAGUCAGUGAAGUAACUUUUGAAACCACUGGCUCUCCAACGAAAACUAAAAAGUUGCCUGACGAUUAUGCAGAAGAAAGUUCGACAUUUAGAACCAAAGUGUUUGAUGUUCCUACGAAAACUAUUAUGGCAACUACAGUAUUUUAUUUUUCCAAAGAUGAUAAUAUAGACGACGAAAGCGAGGAAUCUACCAUAAUAUAUACAACCGGUAUUAAAGAUAAAGCAACAAAAACUUUUACAACAAACAUUUUCGAUAUUGGUAACGAACAUAAUGAUUACGAUCCGUCUUACAAACACAGAGUUGAAACUAUUGUCCCGAAAUAUUUCAAAAUAGCUACAGAAGCUGUGGCCCUUUAUUGGCACCCUAGAGUUCUUACACAGAACACUGAUCCUACCGCCACAACUACUGCUUACGCAAACGUUACCAUGACGGUCCCAGCAAAUAAUGCUAUGGUCAGUUUAGACUUUAAAUCCAGCAUAAUCGAUGAAAAUUAUACGAAACCAAGCGAAUUACCUAGAAAAGUAGAGCUAUCUACAUUGCCUCCAAAAGACAUAGAUGAGGAUAGUAUCUUCGAAGGCCUAGACGGAGAAAUAAAACGUAGUUUAAAAGAGCUUACCGACACAGAACGGGAUAAACUAUCAGACUUAGGAGAAGCAUUAAGCAGAUUGUCUGAUGAAGAGCGUACUAAAUUCGGAAGCAUCGUCCAUGGUCUGCAAGACCUGGAUCCUGAAGACCCUCGCUUGGUCGGAGAGGUUGCCAGAAGAUACAUAGGAAUGAGCGAAGGUGAACGAAUGAAAUUCGUAGACAUAGUGCGGCGUUUGCACGACAUGACUGAUUCUGAACGAAACAAGAUCAGUGAACUAGUAAGCCUGAUUCAGAAUAUGAGCGAAGAAGACAGAAUAAAGCUCGGACACGUAGCUAGAAGGAUGCAAAUGUCAGAAAUACCGCAAAGAAGGCUGUUCGGGUUUGUCAUCAACGCAAUCCUCUGGCUUAUCAAUCUCGGCUGGAGGAUUUUCAUGUUCAUACUCCGCACUAUUUGGUACUUAAUAACCCUUCCAUUCAGAAUCUUAAGAUGGAUUUGGAACAAAAAAUGGAACAAAUUAUUCGGCACCACGACCACUACUACAACCACCACUACAACCACAACUACAACAACAACCACUCCGAGGCCGAGAAAAGUCAGAACUAGGUCUCCUAAAACGUGGAACGUGAAGUGUCAUACUUGCGCUGUGGGUGUAGACACGACUUGUCAUGAGAAGUUUUCUAUGGACGACUUUCAGUGGUACGGCCGUGGGUCAUCCAGUUAUUGCACGUCUUACUUCGGGUGUUACAAGUGGUUUACGGAUGUCGGCCAUAUAUAUGUAGGGAGGGGGUGUGUGCCAGGGGUUAAUGCUGCUCCGGGGGGUAACGACGUGGUGGAGUGGCGGUUCUACGCCGUCAUGAACGCACUAGUCGAGGUUUUGGAUGAAGAGGAGAUCCACGAAGGGUGCUAUACGUCGCCCGUGCAGGCAGAGACGAAAUUCGGUCGCCUGUCGUCACUAUUCGUGCACUACCACGUGUGCAUCUGUGAGACCGACUACUGCAACGAGGGAAUACUAGCCGUCCCGCUCGCACCCGCCAGUGUGGCAGCUGUCUCGCUCGCACUUGUGGCGUUGAAUAUAUGACUGGUUGUGGUGUUGG